AAACCCCCCAAGGGUUGGGCUCAACCCGACAUUUCAUCUUGAACCAACCACCAAUCUGCAGCCAACAUGAGUCUCACUGCUAAGGACAAGGCCACCGUCAAAGCCUUCUGGUCUAAAGUGUCGGGCAAAGCCGACGACAUCGGCUCGGAUGCCCUGUCCAGGAUGCUGGUGGUGUACCCUCAGACCAAGACCUACUUCUCCCACUGGAAGGAUCUGAGCCCCGGUUCUGCCCCGGUGAAGAAGCACGGACGCACCAUCAUGGGUGGACUUGGAGUCGCUGUGUCCAAAAUCGACGAUCUGACCGGAGGCCUUCUGAACCUCAGCGAGCUGCACGCCUUCACUCUGCGCGUGGACCCCGCCAACUUCAAGAUUCUCGCUCACAACAUCCUUGUAGUCCUGUCCCUCAUGUUCGCCGCAGACUUCACCCCUGAGAUCCAUGUGGCCAUGGACAAGUUCCUGGCUGCUGUGGCCCGGGGCCUGUCUGAGAGAUACCGAUAAGCUCCAUACGGGAGGGGAGCAGAGGACGGACAGCAGCGUGGGAUUCUCUGUUUGUCUAAAUAUGAAUAAAAUAUCACAUG